GACAUGCGCGUUUCCCUUUCCAUUAUUGAUUUUUGUAAAAUUAUUGAUAACAAUGUUGAUAGUGAUGUAUUCGUUCUGGAUUUUGUGUCGAUAUGUGUUUUACUUCAAACAAGCCAAUAGCUGUUGAUGCCGCGUUGUUAGAAUAAUUAACUUUAUUAAUUAGUAAGAGUUUCAUUUUUACCCUGCCAUAGUACCACGGGAAUUCAGCGAAAAUGGUGAUUUUGAAAGCAGUGAAGUGCUUGGCAGACGAUUGGGCUCUUACGAAUUGUGUAGUAGUGAAUGAUGAAGAUUUUCGAAAUGACACAAAGUAUAUUGAGGUACAGCACCAAAUUAAACCGGAACUUAAGUUUUGGUUUACAGUCAUGUUUGUUAAAAAUCCUCCUCCUCGAGGAUGUGUAGCAUUUUCUGUAAAUCAGCGAGAAUGGGCACAAUUAUCUAUUAAUCAGUCAAUCAACAUUGCUCCACAUACCAAAAAUACACCACUUGACUUUUUGCUUUCAGUUGAAGCUGAAAUUGAUUAUUAUCAAAAAAAGAAUGCUAAAACUGCCAAUGAAAAAUUUGAUACUGAUAUGAUGGCUAAAGAGUUUACAAUCAACUUCAACAAUCAUGUUUUAUCAGUCGGUCAAACUUUACUUUUUCAGUUGCCUGAAAAACCUCUAAUGUGUAUUAUAAUCAAAAGCAUUGAAGGAGUAAAUCAACAAGAAAUCAAUUCUGGGGAAAAACCUCGUUCGAUUCAGUUUGGAAAAUGUUUAAGUAAUACUGCUGUACGUUUCGUAACUGGUUCUAAUGCAUCAAUAAUGUUGGUAGGAAAGUCAAAAUGUCAACAAACACGCGUGUCAAUAAUAAAUCCAGACUUUGAUUUCAACAAAAUGGGUAUUGGUGGUUUGGAUAGUGAAUUUAAUGCUAUUUUUAGAAGAGCUUUUGCAUCUCGAGUGUUUCCACAAGAAAUAAUAGAACAACUUGGAUGCAAACACGUCAAAGGUAUUUUGUUAUAUGGUCCACCUGGUACAGGUAAAACAUUGAUGGCUAGACAAAUUGGACAAAUGUUAAAUGCUCGUGAACCCAAAAUUGUCAAUGGUCCACAAAUUUUGGACAAAUACGUUGGUGAAUCUGAAGCAAAUAUAAGGAGAUUAUUUGCUGAUGCAGAAGAAGAAGAAAAAAGAUCUGGUCCAAAUAGUGGUUUGCACAUAAUAAUCUUUGAUGAAAUUGAUGCUAUUUGUAAAGCAAGAGGCUCUGUAGGGGGAAAUACAGGAGUACACGACACAGUGGUCAAUCAAUUAUUAGCUAAAAUUGAUGGUGUUGAACAGCUUAAUAACAUAUUAGUUAUAGGGAUGACAAAUCGAAGAGACAUGAUUGACGAAGCAUUAUUAAGACCUGGCCGACUUGAAGUACAAAUGGAAAUUAGUUUACCUGAUGAACAUGGACGAUAUCAAAUAUUGAACAUCCAUACAACACGCAUGAAAGAGUUUAAAAAAAUUGCUGAUGAUGUAAACAUGAAGGAACUUUCAGUGCGAACUAAAAAUUUCAGUGGUGCUGAAUUGGAAGGUCUAGUUCGUGCAGCUCAAUCUACAGCUAUGAACCGUUUGAUAAAAGCUAAUAAUAAAGUAGAAGUCGAUCCUGAUGCAUCAGAAAAACUUCAAGUGUGCAGGGAUGAUUUUCUUCAUGCACUUGAACAUGAUAUAAAGCCAGCAUUUGGUGCUAGUGCAGAGGCUUUGGAACAUUUUUUGGCUCGUGGUAUCAUAACAUGGGGACCUCCCGUGAGUGGAAUUUUGGAAGAUGGAACAUUACUUACACAACAAGCUCGUGUUGCAGAUGCAUUUGGUCUUGUUUCUGUACUUAUUGAAGGACCGCCAAAUUCUGGAAAAACUGCAUUAGCUGCAAUGUUAGCAAAAAAUUCAGACUUCCCCUUUGUUAAAGUAUGUUCACCAGAAGACAUGGUUGGGUUUACUGAAACAGCCAAAUGCUUACAGAUCAGAAAAAUCUUUGAUGACGCAUACAGAUCUCAACUUAGCUGUAUUUUAGUUGAUAAUAUUGAACGAUUAUUAGACUAUGGUUCAAUUGGGCCAAGAUACUCCAAUCUGACACUUCAAGCUUUGUUAGUUCUGUUGAAAAAACAACCUCCUAAAGGUAAAAAACUUCUAGUGCUGUGCACCAGCAGCCGUAAGCAAGUACUGGAAGAAAUGGAAAUGCUAUCUGCUUUCACUGCUGUACUUCAUGUUCCUAAUCUCAGCCAACCCGAAGAACUCAUUACUGUACUGGAGCAAUUUGAUUUGUUUACCAAACAAGAUAUUCAUAAGAUAUAUAAUCAAAUAUCAGGACAUAAAGUGUUUAUUGGUAUAAAAAAGCUGUUAGCUUUAAUUGAUAUGGCACGUCAAAUGGAUCCAAAAGUAAGAGUGAUCAAGUUUCUGACUAAAAUGGAAGAAGAAGGAUGUCUAGACUUAGGUACUAUGAUUCAUUAACUGUUGUAUUUAUUACUUAUUAUUGUUUUCAAAAUAAUUUAAAUAAUAUUACUAAAUCUUUAUAAAAAACGAACUAUGUU